AAAUAUCCCUAAUCUUCGAACUCUUUUUUUCAAAAACCCAUUUGGAUGAUUUCACAUUGAGUUAGUCAAAAUCGAAAUGACUAACUCAAACCUUUUACACAUUUUAAGAUGUCUAAGUCUCAACCCAUAUUGCUCGUUUUAUGUUGAAUCUUGUUCUUCCGAGUUAUUUCCAUAAUACAGUACUUUUGCAUAAUGAAAUCCUUUUCUUAAGAGAUGACAUGGAUCCUGAAGUUCCAAUGCUCUGUCGCCUUUGUCUCCAGUCAAACUCUCCCUUAUCGAUGGUUUUAUUGAAUCAGAAUGAAGGGUUUGUGAAAGCGAUAUUCCAUAUAACCAGUGUUGAGGCAAUCAUGGAUGUAACAUUCGAUGUCUACAUGUGUACCACUUGCCAAAAUUUAUUGGAGCAGUGUAUUCAAUUUCGUACUACGUGUCUUUGCAACGAUGUCAUUUUUCGUAAAACCUAUGUUAAACAUACCGGAGAAAUUGAGCUUAAGCCAAAUACUUGUCUAAAAGAUGGCGUAGUAAAAAUGGAAAUAGAAAUGGAACCAUUAAUCGAAGAAUUGAAAUAUGAGGCAGAAUCGAAUGCUGAUAGCGACUACAAACCGGAACGAGAUACAGAUGGAACCUUAUCCGCGGACGACACCAAACCAUCGGUAAUAGAAAUUAAGGAAAAAGUCAGAAAAAAACGAGGACGGAAACCGAGAACUAAAGAUUCAAUUGCAUCUAAAUCCAAACCGAAAAAUACUUCACAUAAGGUUCAAUGUCAAAUUUGUGGUAAAAUGGUUGCGAACACAAAUCUUGCUGCACAUCAGCAGAUUCAUGAUCCCAACCGUCCAAAACUUGCAUGUCCCCACUGCCCAGCGCAGUAUACCGAAUCAAAGCGGUUGAAAUUGCACAUUAACAAUAAACACACACAUGAAGUGCAAUUUUCAUGUGAUCGUUGUGGGAAAACUUUCGCAUCACCAGAUUCACUGAGAGUGCACUACAUUGCUCUACAUACGGAUAUCAAAAAAUAUGAAUGUACCCUUUGUGGAGAAAAAUUCUCGCGGUCGACUUCGCGAAGGCACCACUAUAAAAUGGUUCACACAACUAUUCGUCCUUAUGAAUGUGAAUACUGUGAGCGAACUUUUAAAUUUAAAUGCGAUCUCACGCUUCAUACGAGAACCCACACCGGUGAAAAACCGUUCGAAUGCGAUAUCUGCCACAAAACCUUUAACAAGAGCUACAACGUCGUAAUUCACAAAAAAUCACAUCAAAAUGAAAUUGAAAGGGCAGCUGAAAAGGCGAUGAAGAUUGUGCAAAACUCAGUUCAAAACGCAUACUAGCUGGUGCAGUAAAUGUUUUAUGCAAAAUACAGUUUCAAAAAACACA